AUGCAUGGAGAUGAUGUGCGCGAUGUCGGGGAGCCCUUCGCAGCACCGGACGCGGACGUUAUCCUGCGCUCGUUUGACAACGUGGACUUCCGCUCUUAUCGCGUCGUUCCCAAGUUGGCGUCGCCCGUCUUCGAAACGAUGUUCGCCUUGCCCAGUCCACCGAAGGGAUCCACCGAGAGCGACGAACAGAAGGAUGGGUUGCCUGUUGUCUGCAUGGUAGAGGACAAGCAGUCUCUCCAAUUGCUGCUAUCGUUCUGCCAUCCCAAUGCAGAACUGGGACUCGACACGCUCGACGAUCUCGCGCUAGCCGUGCGCUUGACGGCCAAAUUCGAGCUCUCGAACGCCAAACGGAUCCUGCGGCCAUUGUUGCGCGAACACCUACAUUCAGAUCCCGAACGCGUUUACGCCCUGGCGUGGGUCAUGCAAUCCCGAGACCUGGUUCUGAGCGCAGCCCUGGAGUCCCUAUCAUCGCCGCUCAUUCUUCCCGAUCAUGCUGACACGAACAUCCCCGAGUUUCGCGACAUCUCGGCGCAUGCUCUGCGGCAGCUGAUCAACUUUCAAUCGCGUUGCAUCCACUCUGCGUCCCGCAUCGGAGACGAUUUCCAAUGGCUCAAGGCGGAGGACAUCCCGCGUAGGGCGAGGGGAAAGAGCGUGGACAGUGGUGGGCUCUGUGGAACGUGCCCGAAUACAAAAGUACAGUUGAAGGAGCCUUCGGAUAGGCUUACCAGGGUCAAAGAUUGGUGGUUACUGCAUGUCAAAUCCCUUGGCAGGCUGUUUGAGGAAGGCAUUGACCUCACGGAGAUCAGUAGGAUUCCUCAUGGGCCUUUGAAGGCGGCCGUCUCCAAAGGCAAUGCAUGCGAUGGCCAAGAUCCAUGCAGAGCCGAUGAGAUUGUGGAGGUUUUGAUCGCUACGGCAUCGCUCGUGGAAGCUCGUGUGAAGGAUAUCAUCAGAGAAGCUGCUAAGAAGUUGGACAUGCCAUUCACUUGA